AUGUGUCGCGACUACCUCUGUUUAACCUCCAGAAGCCCUCGCUCGUUCCUCUUCUGCAUCGUCGCCAAUGUCGGCCCCGGUAGCGCCAGCCGCUCUCUGGCCGUGGCCUACCGCCAGGGCAACGACAACGACAUCUCAGUAUCACCUCUGGCACGCGAGAGGCAGGUCGUGGCAGAAACCCUCGCGCUGAUCGAAGUCCUCUCGGAUCCCGCAAACCGCGCGCCGCUUGAGGCCGAGAGGACACUCGCAAACAGCUGUUAUCGCCGGUCUCCGUGGGGCAACGAGGACGAGUUUAGUGGGCGGCCCAGCAUUCCAGACAAGGCGCAGCCCCCCUUCUCCGCGCCUGACGGCUGGCACCGGUGGGAUGCGCAACUACAGCCCGAAUUAUGGCCUGAACUGCCGUGGAAUGAUGAUGGGCUCAAUGAGUUUCCCUUUACAACGACGUGCCUCUUACUAGGGCUGUUGCGUGACAAUGGCGAUGGCGAUGCCAAUGCUACUACCCGCGACAGCGCGCGUCCCGGCGACGUCCAGCUCCAGCCGCUGUCCACUGUAUUCCGUGGCGACUGCACCGAGUAUGGCCUUGUUGUUAUUGACAUCUCCGACUUCGACAGUGGUGUCAAGUAUGGCAUAGUUGGCUUCCCCGUGCGCUACAUGGCCGAGGUUUGGCACCACGAUCCUGACGACUGGGAUUACGUUGAAGACGACCCGCCUGUGGAGGAGCCUGAUAUUGUACCUAUCACCCCGCGGCCUCGAGUGCCGUUGUCUGUUCUUCAGUGGCUACGGAAGUACGACUGUUAUGGGGUCGUGGAAGAGGACUCCAGGGUCCUCAGACUGGAGGAUAUGCCGCUUGUUGAUGCUGCAGCCUUGGACUAUAUUUGGCCGCCGGAGCUCGAAAAUCGGGCUGAAGUUGAAAGUCAGGAUAGAACAUCUUCGCAAGGUGUUAUCUCAAGCAUCUCCGACUACUUCUGGUCUUCAAAUGCCACCACCGGCGCCGAAGAUGAAUCGACCACGACAGCCUCCUGCUUGACUACAUCACACGAGCUGCCGCGAAGCGCGCAUGUGGACGGCGCCAUCGAUGAUCUGCUUAUUCUCACACAGGAUCCCGAACUCCACCUUGACGAAAGGACAAUCGAUAAAUUUCAACAGCUCACCGAGUUCCGCGAUCAGCUGCGGCGCCGGCUUGAAGAGGUGCCCGACAGCUUGGGACCGUCUUCGGAGGCUUCAGGCCAUAUUCUACGCAUUGCGUACGCCGGGUGCAUGCACCUGAACUGGGUAGCGUUUAGAUACCUUGCACCCGGCUUGAUCGCUGCCGCCGUUGCAUCUGACGAGCUUCGCGGCGCGUCCGCACUCAGCCUUUGCGUUGAUAACUUUGACCUGGAGGGAUGCGAGGGAGAACUCGGUGAUCUAGCAGCGGCUCUGGCGAAUUCCACGACCCUCAAACAGCUCUGCCUUUUGCAGAGACCGGACGGGGACAGUGACGACGCCUCAGCUCGUUUCUGCACGCAGCUGCUCCUUCGGGGGAGCGCAUCGGGAGACUUGGGCUGGCUCCGCGACAUAAUCAUCUAUCCGACUUACGCGUUUUCGACAUCCUUGCGCAACCGCAAAUUGCUAUCGCCAUCGACUAAUAGUGUUGAUUUGACCGUCCCCGUCGUCCAAGAAUUUCCCAUGAUACACAUGUUCACGUUUCUGGGUGAUCAGCGCGAAGAUGGCGCGGACGCGGACCACCAUCAUCGACAAUACCAGAACAGUUAUGGUCACUACUACGACAUGAGCAACACGCUCCUAGACGCUGAGAGCUUUGCUGUUCGAUUUCUAUCAUACCUCCGUUCCGUGGGUUCGGGUUCUGACAAGGCCAUCUUGCGAUUCGCAUACGGGCGGGCCUCCUCGUCACUUACCACCACCGACAACGACAACGAGAAGUCGCCGCCGUCGUUAUCAUCAGGAGAGUUCGGCGUGAGUCCUAUUCCCGCCGGAUUCUUUGGCAACCACGGCGCAGCAAAUGAUCAGUCAAGAAUCAGAGUCAGAGAUCUACACCCUGGCAGCUGGGUGCUUCUUCUAGCCCAACGAGGCCGCAGUUCAUGCGACGACGACGAUGUCCUCCUAAGAUACUCUUUUGUCAGAAUUGGUCGAAACUCUGCGGAAAUUGCGCCCGAGCAACAGCAAGAAAGCCCCGCCUCUGUCCCGAAUGUCGUCGAAGUAAUAGGCGGGCUAGCAGAGUUCCUGCGCGAGACCGUGCGGGGGAUCGAUAUUUCCGCGUACGAGAAACGGAUCGAAGAGAUAGAAAAGGACCUCCGUGCGCAACAGGGUUCAAUUAAAACGGGGAAACGGUACAUUGGCAUCGGCGUUAUGGCCGAGACCAGUGCCCAGGCAAUACUUUCCAGUUACUGUGAUAUCCCGGUACUACCUGGGUAA